UGAUAUCAUCACAUGCCAGUUUAUAGUACUAACAAUAACUCAUAUAAUAGCUUGUCAAUUUAUCAAUUUAUUAAUUGAUAUACAUUUUGUAUAUUUUUAUCAUACGCUACAUGUAUACGUAGGCCUACUACUAACUAUGUUAGCGCAACGGUGAUGGUGAGGAUCAUGGUUUUGCUGUGUUUGAUCUUGAAACCUACACUCUUUGUGUUCGUUGGCUCCCCGGGUUUAUCAUCGUCAGGUUCAGUGCGGAGUAUGUUGUGUCUGUGUGGAGCCCGCUCAAAAAGCAUCCUUGAUUUUCACAGGUCGACGCAAGACGGCGCUGUUGUUUAUAUUCCUACUUUAGUUGAACAGCCACGAGGUGGCUUGCCAGUAAUCUGCGAGGAAAACUUGCGAAUUCGACCAUUUUGGGUUUGGUUAUUUAUCGAGAUUACUUGGCUCGGGCUGAUGCAUCGCUUUAAUUUUUCUAUAUGCCUGUGAUCUACCCAAGGAAGUUUUUAGUUCCUCCAUGAUCUACCCCUUGAAUCGUUGGCGAAACAAGAUGGCCACCUAUGUUGGCAGUCUCGUGACCACGUAGUUACGUUGCUGCACAGGAAGGGGUCGAGUGUCUGCGACGAUAUUGGGAAACUGGGUAAGAACACAGGGAUGUGUAUUGAGGCGUACUUUUGCCUACAACUCACUCUAUUCAGUUAUACACCCGACUCUGAUAAUCUCAGUGCACCAAGCAUUGGUUAACAAAACCAAGCGGCAUCUAUUUUUGUACGGGACUUGGAGAAAACCAGGUAAAUCUUUCUAAAACUACCCUUAAGCGGGUGACCCAUAAGUAUGUAUACGGGAUGAUGGACCAGCUGAAUACUUUUCGAAUACCGGCAUUCCUUUGGUAAUACAUACUGAGUCAUUAUUGUUAACCUAUUACAUAUUUUUUGAUACUAUCAUAGUAUCAGCAUAAAUGUCAAAGUGAUUGGGUACCGUCCAGUCCUGUUUCCGGGAAAUCGAAAAAAAAUCGAAAGUGUCCUUAAUUAUCAAGUGAGAUAUGAUAAAAUAAAGAGUGAUACACGUCAUGACAGCAAAAUUAAUGGGCGGCCCAAUCCACUCGGUUUUAUUGCACUUGCAUUCGGACGGCGAAGAUCAAGCUUGUUACAUUAUUCUCAGUAGAAAAUCGUGGUAGGUAUUUAUUCAUGGCGCUUCUGAAAGAAAUGUAAAUGACGGUUCUUAACGGUGAUUUGCCAAAUAUUAUUGGUGUUUGGUGAUGACAUUGGGCGGGCCUAUGUUAUUGUGGAAGUGUACUUCGAUAAGAAUCAACACAAAACCUCUCUAUCAAGGUUACUUCCUGCUUGGCUGUGAUUACCCGGUAAUUCACGGGCUACGAUCCGGCGAAACAUAAUAUAUGCGAAGGCCUGACGAGGUGCACGGCGUAAACACAACAACUGGACUGCCCGGUACGUUUAUUCAUAAAUCGACGAGAAAAAAGAGCAGUGAGCUGAGGUGAAGGGAAAGUUCGCCUUGCUUGACCACCAGAACAUGAUGCGCCCGAUGUCGCUCACCCCGCUCUCGCCGGCACUGGCCCACAGCCCAGACAUCGGGCUUUCUAGCAAACCGCCAUGGGAUUGGAGCAGGAAUGAAGUGUCUGAAUGGCUGUUACACUGUGAGAGAGAGUACUCUUUGGAUAAGAUCGACUUGAAGAGAUUCGCCAUGAACGGCAAGGCACUGUAUAUCUUGACAAAACAGGACUUCAUUGACCGCCUGCCUUCUAUUGGUGAUGUUCUGUACAACCAUAUCCAUGUCGUCCUGGAGGAAGCUCGGAGAACAAUGUGUGAAUCAUUGCCGCCUCAGAGAGCAGGGUUCUACGAUGAAAUACCAUUCUCGUAUCGUUCUUCAGGCCCGCUUUCCCAGCCGUUACUCGUGAAAGGCCAACCUCACUCGCCCACAACACCAGUCCUAGGUCCAAUGCAUCAUUUCGAAGGUCUCGACUCGACACGAUCUCCGAGGAUGACCGUUCCUUACUCGUACACUAGGAUGCUUGGAACACAGAUGAUCGCUGGUACGCAAGAAGACGAUGUCCCUGAAAACCUUGUCAUGUAUGAGAGACGAGAGGACCAUAAAUAUCUCGAUAUGACACCAUCACCAACCUCCAGCUUGUCGGAGAACCUGGCAAUCCAAUGCCAACCGGAAGUAGAUGAAAACAUGGUGUCCUGCCGGGAAGACCUCGAACUAAUUCAAAAUUCCCGAGAAAGGACAAUAGGUCUACAGAGCGAUGGAAAGAAAAGUAAAGCUGACGGUCGCCUACUGUGGGACUUUCUGAGCAACCUCCUAAAAUACAAUAAAGCUCCAGACAUCAUUAGCUGGGAUGAUGAACAAGAAGACAUCUUCCGGAUCCAUGAUGCAGCAGGUCUGGCAGUACUAUGGGGCCGACAGAAGAACCGCAGCAACAUGACGUAUGAAAAGAUGUCCAGGGCACUGAGGUAUUACUACAAGAUGAAUAUCAUUCAGAAGGUCAAAGGCAAACGGUUGACCUAUAGGUUCAUGAAAAAACCCGACGAGAUUCGACGAAAUAGAGGUUUGGCUUUGCGAUGUCGCGUCCAGCAGCGGAAGGAUACAACCCAUCAAAAUUCGCUGCGUAUAAACUUAGCUUCUCAAAGUCCGUCGUGCAGCGUUGGACAAUCACAAGCGCACCAAGAACCGAAUAAGGACAUUUGCCAAACAGAUGCUGCAAUAUCUUACGUACAUUUGGAUGAAAUGAAACCCCUAAUCGGGCAAUCGAUAGAGUUAAAAGUCAAUUCGCCGCUUUCCCCAAGUAGACUUGACCACAGGUCAUACCAAAAUAUGCAAGUGUGAUCACUAGGACAGUUCUAAAAAGUGUUCGUAUCUGGUUUGCCAAUAUGAAUGGAAAUCUUUAAAAUUCUGUCUGUGGACACUGAGUUAUGACUGUUCAUCACCAGUGUCCUGAAAAAGCAUCGCUGACAGAUGAACGGGGGCGCCUAAUGUGCCACCCUUAAUCCGCCAUUGCUUGUGUUCUGGUUUUGGUAGCAAAGUCUGGAAUGUGGGGAGACAUUUUAAUAGACAUAUUAAACAUUUAAAGAGGUGCUUUAGGCUGGGGCCGUUUUGACUGAGUACCCUGUCGGCAACAUCGUGUAGAUCUGGCCAACUUGGCUCCUUUAAAUCGAUAGAACAAGACAGAUAGUUGAUGUCACCACCUAUGAGGUGCUGACAGAACCUCGAAUUAUUGAGUGGAUGUAUAUCACCAUCUAUGUGAACCCGAGUGUGAAGCAUUUUGUAUGAAAGUCAAUAUCAAAAUAUUUGAGAACAAGACACGUUAUCCCAGAUAUCAUUGUGUUACAUAGCCAAUGUGAAUGAAUAAAAACUGU